CAUUCAGUUACGUAGAAUUAGAAACUUAGAAUUGCAAAUCUAACGUCCAACGUUGAAAGCUUUAUUAAAAGACGCUCUAUAUCAAGAAAAAAGAGAAUAUAGACUAUGCAUUGAAAGGAAAAUGGUUGAUGUUCGGGAACGUUUUGAGGCUGCUGUUAAUGUUAUUCAAUCUUUGCCAAAAUCAGGAUCUUUCCAACCAUCUAAUGAAUUGAUGUUAAAAUUUUAUGGUUACUACAAGCAAGCAAAGGAAGGUCCUUACGAUCCUAAACCAUCUUUUUGGGAUGUUGUUAGGAAGGCAAAAUGGGAGGCAUGGUCCAAACUUGGUGAUACAAGCAAAGAAGAAGCAAUGAAUUCAUAUGUUCAUCAACUUAAAGAAGUAAUCCAAAACAUGCCAGAAACAGAUACAGCUUCAGAAUUUGUUUAUGCUCUUGAACCAUUCUAUAAAUUAGCUUACAAAAAUGGCGAAGUUGUUCCACCUAUUUUCAAUAUGUUCAAUAAAAAACAAAACAAUUAUGUUCCAUCUUGUAAAAUAAAUGGACAUGCAACCCUAGUGAAAGAUAAUACUCAUAAACUAAGUAAGCAUAACACUAGUCACGAACCCACCAUUCAGGAGAUAAAGUUUCAUACCACCAACGGAAAAGUGGAAAAUAAUCAUGAUCGUACUGAGUCUAAUAUUACGAGUGAUGAUGUUGAUAUAGAAGUAACAUCAAAUUUUCCUGUCGACUUAAAAGUUAAAACGAAUACCUAUAAUGGUGAUAGUAGCCAUCAAAAAAGAUCACAGUGAAGAUGACGAUGAUGAUUUAUUUUGUGAUUCACUUGGUCCGGAAUCAAUUGAAGAAAUUUUGUUAAAUGACCAAGAGGACAAUGGCAAUUCAUUCGUAGCAGACUCAGCGCCUGAUGAUAUAAUUCAACUUAGUGAUAGAAAUCGUUCAAGUAUUUCCGAUGUCGAAGUUCUUGAACAGUUUAAUCACAAGAAAAAUGGCAGUGACGAUUCAAGUAGUCCUCAUUCUGACAAGAUAGUCCAUGUUCAUUUUAAAGAUCUUGAACCAUCUCAAGAAGCAAAAGAUUGUUCCCUUUCAGAGAUUAGAGUCAAACACAAGAUAAAGGAAUGUGUUGUGCAACCUGGUCAUCGCGAAGGAAGUUCUUCUGGUGUUGAUGAUUGUAGAAGUGUCUCAAGAGGCCUACCUUCAGGAGGAAAACAUACUCAAAGGAAUGCGCAAUAUUCAGAAAGAUCUGUUCUGAGAUAUGAACAAAGAUAUCGUAGAAGAAGUCAGGAAAGUGAUAGCGAUGAAAGCCCUGCGAGAUCAGAUCCUAAUUCAAGUAGUGAAAAGAUGAGAUGGCAAUUGAUAAAAUAGCAGAACUUCUUAUGCAAAUUAAAGAGGACAUGAAAAAUACUUGACCGUUUGAAGAGACUUGAGGUAUCAAUUCAACAAACUCGUUGGUCAUGGCUUCAAGAUUACCAACCAUCCAAAGCAUUUGUUUUUCUUCUUCUUUGGCCAUUCGUUGUUAACUUUCUUUUCAACUUUCUACGACGAAGAUUAUCAAAGAAAUACACGAAGUAAUGACAUGUUUUAACAUGAAGUGCAUGACGAAUAAGUCAAUUGAUUUUGGAUGGUGCCAUCAGGAGGUAUAUUGGGAAGACGACGUGUGGAUCGUUAAAUGCGGCCUGAGGACUAACAAGUGGAUAUUUACGUGAAAGAUAUAAUGGGAAUUUAAUAGAACCAGAGUAAUUUUACAGGAAUUCUAUUUUGUAUAUAUUGGUGAUAUAAAGUAAACUGUCAAAAUUAUGAAUUUCAAAGUAUAUGAACGAUUAUAUAAAACA